GACACACAAAGAAUAAAAUAGGUAGGUAAACAAUUUAUUUAGGAAACAUAGGUAGUUUUUAGUUUUCCUGGUUAAAAAUGAAAACUUUAUUCCUACUAUGCACGGCUGUAACAAUUUUACAGGUUUUAGAUGUAUCCAUCACGGGAGUUACAGCAGCCGGGACCCCAAAUCCAUUAAAAACGCCAGACGGAGCUAAUAAUCCAAAUGCAGGGAAAUUAAGGAUGACGAUUAGAGGAUUAAAAAAACCAGAUCCGACUCCAAAUAAUACUAAACCCGCAGAUGUUCCAGUCGAUAACGAUCCUGGAACAAAUCCGAACGACGAUGAUUCGGCGGAAGCUGAGCCACCAAAGACCUUCAGAGAAUCGGGUAAAAGAGUUGUAAACACUUUGAAGAAGAUGGCCACCAAUAGGGGAGUCGGUUUCUUAAACGGUUUCACUGGAUUUCUGAAAAGAACCGGCGGCGCAUUCAACUUUUUUGGAAAUUUUUUACGAGACCGGGCAAAGAAUGUGAAGGACGUGGCUAAGGAAAAUUUAGAGAUGGUAUCGAGUUUCAGUGACAGUACAACAAGAGGAGCUAAACAUUUACUCAACAGUGGUAGAGUUAUCGGUACACAGGUAGGAAAAGAAAUGUAUUCCUCGUUGCAAAAAUCGACAAGGUUGGGUAUAAAUGUAACGAAAUUAGGAGGAGCUGCUGCGGGCACACCGCUGUCUAUUGCCGGAGACGUAGUGGACACCACCAAACGGAUUGUCAAAAUUCCAAGUAGAGUAUCGAAAAUAGUUACCGGCGUAAUAAACCCGGCUUUAAAUUUUGUGGGACCGGACAGCGGUGAAGAACAACCCGAAGAAGAAGAAGAAGAAGAAGAAGAAAAAAAAGAAGAUCCACCCAAAGCCCCGGUUAAAACACCACCGACCCCAUCAAAACUAACAGUUAAAAAACCAUCAAGAUCAUCAUAACGGUUAAGUUUAUGAGUUGAUACAUAAUAAUUGUAUUGAUAUUUGUAAAAAUGAUAUGGAUAUGAUAUAUAAAAGUACAUACCGUCUAAUUGGACGGCGAGCAGGUUAAAAGGGAAUAGGUAACUCAAAAUCGCUAACUACUUUUUAGGAGACGAAAAAAAUUUCUCAUUUUUAUACUAUUGUCGAUUGCAUUGACUGGAAAGACUUACAUUUUUGAUUUAAAAUAAGAAAAUUCCAAAAACCAAAUAUUUUGAUUAUAAAAUCUACGUAGAACAUUUUAUUCUACGAGAUACAGUAACAAUCUAAAUUUACUUAUUCCCUUUUACACGCUCACUGUUCAAUAAUAAUUUUGUAGUGUUAAAAUAAAUUCAUAAUAUAAUUA